CCAGCCCUGUCCCCAGCCAUGGGCCACCCCGCUGUGCCCACCACCCUGCUGCUCUGCCAGCUGGGGCUCGCCGCGGCCAUCCAGUGGCUGGGGCUGGCGGAGAGCGGCAGCGGGGUGGCUUGGGACGAAAGCCACCACUGCGGGCUGCUGGCCGGGGUGGUGCCCGAGCACUUCCAGACGUGCCGCAGGAACCUGGAGGUGAUGCACAGCGUCGUCCGGGCGGCCGCUGAGACCGUGAGCGCCUGCCAGAAGACCUUCGAGGGCAUGAGGUGGAACUGCUCCUCCAUCCAGCGCGCCCCCAGCUUCGGUCCUGACCUGCUGAAAGGGACCCGCGAGUCCGCCUUCGUGCACGCCCUGGCCGCGGCCGCCGUCGCCCACGCCAUCGCCCGAGCCUGCGCCUCGGGCUCGCUGCCCCUCUGCUCCUGCGGCUCUGCCCCCUCCGAGGUGCCGGCCGAUUUCCGAUGGGGUGGCUGCGGGGACAACCUGCGCUAUGGCCUCCAGCUCGGCGCCGCCUUCGCCGACAGCCCCGUGAAGUCCAGCGGGCCGGGCAGGACGGCUCUCAGGGCCGUCAACCUGCACAACGGUGCGGCGGGCAGGCAGGUGGCUGACUCCUUGGACACCAGGUGCAAAUGCCACGGUGUUUCGGGCUCCUGUUCGGUUAAGACCUGCUGGAAGGGGCUGCCAGGCCUGGGCGAAAUCGCUUCCGAGCUCAAGUCCAAGUACCUGGCAGCCGUCAGGGUGACCCACCGGCUCGUCGGGGCCAGGAAGCAGCUGGUACCCAAAGAAACAGGCGUCAGGCUGCUGAAGGAGACGGAUCUGGUUUAUCUCAUCAACUCCCCUGACUACUGCGUGCCCAACGUCCCCCUGGGGUCUGUGGGGACGCAGGACAGGCAGUGCAACAAGAGCUCAGUGGGCAGCGAGGGCUGCGACCUGCUGUGCUGCGGCCGCGGCUACAACGCCUACACGGAGGAGGUGGUGGAGAGGUGCCACUGCAAGUACCACUGGUGCUGCUACGUGGUGUGCAAGAGGUGCCGGCGGCUGGUGGAGAAAUACGUCUGCAAAUAGCUCCUGGGGUGGCGCGGGGCACAGGAGGGCUCCCCCGGGGCGCAGCUGGAGACUGGGCAGCAGCCGCUGGGGAUGCGCCGAAUUCGGCAAGGAGGGGACCACGCUGGGAGCCUGGGCUGCAGCAUUGCCAUGGAAAACCCCAAACUGAGCGAUGAUGGGAAGCCGAAACCCCGAGCCCGACCUCUGCCUGGAGCAAGACAAAGGGCUGCCCUCCCGCAGCACAGCGGGGGCAUCCAGCGCCCGUCUCCAGCUGGGGACCGUCCAUUUAUCACUUCGCCCUUUUCUCCAGGGGUGAAUGGGGACCCUGGGCUGCCAUUGUCUUGUCGCGGGAGGUUUUUGACAGUGGCCUGAAAGCCAGGAGUGAUGGAUGGGCAGGGGGGAGCGAGCUGCCCGGCGGGAGGAGGCUGCAGGGGAGGAAAACUGCGUAGGGUGAGGGGGUCACGGGCAGCUCCCCUGGCAGCAGGUUUCUGCACCAUUAAAACCUCCUGGUGGGCAAACACUGCUCCAGUGCCCUCUGCAGCAUCUGGAACGACAUGGCUGGGACGCAGGCAGAACCAGGUAUGGCUCCAGGAGCCAGAGCCCAUCAGUCCCCCCUACAACCUCUCACAGCGAGGAGAUUUCAGCCCACUCCUCCGACCCCUUUGAUACCAGGCGAGCUGGCACUGGCCUGGAGAGAGGACAGGGCCCCAGGGACACCAGAACAAACAUUUUGUCUCCAUACUUGGUGUAAGCAGGAUUCUGUUCUGAUGUGUGCUUUUUAAAUAAACCUAUCGUACCGUU